AGCCUGCACCUGGGGUCAGGAAGGGGUCGCAGGGAGGGAUGGAGGGGCCGAAAACCCUGGGCCCCUGCGGCCAUUCCCACCCCCCAUGUCCCCCAGCCCCAGCCCCAGCCUCAAGCAGCCAUGGAGGAUGCCUGGACCAGCCCUGCCAGGGAUUUGUAAGGUGGCCCUGCCUGGUCCCCCUCACCUCCGAUCACUCAGUGGAGUCCGACAGGCCUUUCCCAGCCCCAGGGACAGGGGGUGGGGGGCCCAGGGUCAGGGGUGAGUCUCCUGGGAUCUUCCUCUCCUGCGAAGAGGGAGAGAUGCCACAGCAGAGAGCAAGAGACCCUGCGGGGCUGAGACAAGAAGUGGGGGCAGGGCUGGGGUGGGGCUGGUCGCCGCACCCAGGCCGAGAGCAGGGGGCUCCCAGGCAGGGUCCCUCCCCCAGCUCGGGGCCCACACCCUGCCCAUGCCCGCCCCUGACGCCAGGGGCUGGGGCUCCAGCCUCGCCCAGGGCAGCCCCCUCCCCGCUCCAGUGCCGGCCACUGGAGUCUGCAGAACAGUCCUUUCUGCAGCUGGAGCAGGAGAACCACAGCCUGAAAAGGCAGAACCAGGACCUUCGGGAGCAGCUGGGGGCCCUCCUGGGGCCAGGGCCGCAGUUCCUUCCCCUGUGUCCUGAGCACUCCAGCUGCACAGCCCUGGCCUGGCCCCCGGAGCCAGCCGGCACCCAGCCUCUGGAGGAGCGGGCCCCUCUGCAGCUGCUGCGGCAGGAACUAUGCCAAGGGCACGAGGCCUCCGUGCAGCAGUCCAGGCACGAGCUGCAGCAGAUCCGACUGUCCUUUGAGAGGAAGAAGACGGCCAUCACUGAGGUGUGGGACGGCGUGGCCGAGGUGCACAUGGCCCUGAACAACCAGGCCACCGGGCUUCUGAACCUCAAGAAGGACAUCCGGGCCGUGCUGGACCAGAUGGAGGACAUUCAGCUGGAGAUUCUGGGGGAGCGGGCCCAGUGCCGCGCCCAGGCCAGGAAGGAGCAGCAGAUGGCGUGCAUGGCGAAAGGGAGGCCACAGCUGGGAUGUUCCGAGGGCCUCACGGGCCAGCUCUGGCUGCUGGCCCUGAGGCUGCUGCUGGGUGCCCUGCUGGCCUGCGCCGCCGCCUACGUGUAUGUGGUGGACCCCGCGCCCUUCGAGGGGCUGGUGCCGCCCCUGCUGAGCCGCGCCGCCGUCUGGAAGCUCCGGGGCUUGUUGGGCCCCUUCCUGCGCCUCGAGGUGGACGACUUCCUGCCCUUUUAGGCGGGAGGCCCAGUGGCCCCAGCGAGAAGGAGGCCUGGUGGCCCGCGCUGCCCCAGGUGCCCGGUGGCUGCGGCAGCCCCAGCCUGCGGCACUGCCACGCACAGUCCCCACCAGGAGCUGCGGAGAAGGGUGGAGGCGGGGUCUGUCCUGAGGGCUGGGCCUGCAGCUGGACAUAGAGUCAUGACACUCGUGGUCUGAGAACUUGUUUCCAUGGAAACAGAGGGGCGCUGUGGGGGGGGUUGACGCCUUCCCAGGCACCUGGUGGAUCUGGCAGUGGGGGUCCCUCCACAGGGUACCAAGCCCUGGGGGUAUCGCAGGAGGGUCUCCACUGCGGCUACUGCAGUGAGGUCCCCUGGGCUAGGCCCCCGCCAAGGACUUCAGAGGUCAGGUUCUCAGCCCCGAACUGCUCAAGCCCCUCAUGGAACCCCUGUCCCCAUCUGGCCACCACCCCCACCCUG